CAUCGUGGAGAGCUGAGAGAUGCAGAACAGCACGAGAAGGAUGAGGAGAGGCAACAAGGCGCAGCACUUUUGUUUCAGAAAGGACUGAUCCUUUAUCCUUUUCAUCAUUUUUGACCCUGCACUAUUAAAUGUCGCACAUUCGAACGUCAAAUGUGUGAAGGAUUCAUAUUCGGUUCAUUGUGCAGUAAAGUAGAUUUCAACGCCAGUAAAACUUUGUUUGGUAUUAAUUCACAACAACAUUGCUUUGGCUGGAGAAAAAAAUACUUUCAAUUUAGCGAAAGAUGAUCUGGAUGGACGCGUGUGUGUCUCUGUGCGCUGUUCUGCUCACUCUGCUCUCGUUGUGUGAGGCUAAAGGCCCGCCCUGGGUGAGCCGGCCAGUGGAGGAGCGUCAGACGGCCUGGGUAGGCCGCAGCGUCCGGCUGGCGUGUCCCGUGGAGGGAGACCCCCCACCCCUGGUGCUGUGGGUGAAGGAUGGCCGCAACGUGAACCCUGGCUGGAGCCGCUACCGUGUGUUGGAGCGGGGGCUGAGGAUCCGGGAGGUGGAGGAGGGCGACGCCGGCAGCUUCGUCUGCAGGGUCACCAACGGGUUCGGCAGCGUGGCUGUUAACUACUCGCUUGUCGUCCUAGAUGAUACAGUAGUGGUGAGCCAGACCAGUGUUCCUUCUGUGGCAGCAGAACCCAGUGCUGAACUGAUCCAGCCAAACCCUACUGGAGAACCUUGGGUCAAGCCCAGAUUCAGCCAGCCGACCAAAAUGCGUCGCCGUGUCCUCUACAAGCCGGUGGGUAGCUCUGUGCGUCUGAAGUGCCAGGCCACGGGGAGCCCCCCUCCCUCCAUCGCCUGGUGGAAGGACCAAACACCCCUACCCCCCCCUCGCAGGGAUACCCGCCCCCAGUGGACCCUCACCCUGAAGAACCUGCAGCCAGGGGACGGUGGCAGGUACACCUGCCAGGUGACCAACCCCGCCGGCCACAUCAACGCCACAUACAAGCUGGAUGUCAUAGAGCGUUCCCACUGCAAGCCGGUGUUAACGGGGACUCACCCGGUCAACACGACCGUGGAGUUUGGCGGCACCGCCUCCUUCCAGUGCCGGGUCCACAGCGAUGUCAAGCCCGUGGUCCAGUGGCUGAAGAGGGUGGACAUGGGGGCGGAGGAGCGCUACAACUCCACCCUGGAGGUCGGAGGUCAGCAUUUCGUGGUUCUGCCCACAGGUGAGGUGUGGUCUCGGCCCGACGGCUCCUACCUCAACAAGUUGGCCAUCGUCAAGGCUACGGAAGAGGACGCGGGGAUGUAUAUUUGUCUGGGCGCCAACACCAUGGGUUACAGCUUUCGUAGCGCCUACCUCACCGUGCUGCCAGAUCCCCAGGUGGAGAACACAGUCACCCCGCCCCACCUGAGCUCCGGCCUGCCCUGGCCUCUCAUCGUCGGCAUCCCGGCUGCUGCCCUCCUCAUGAUGGGCACCAUCGUCCUUUGGCUGUGCCACAGCCGCCGGCGCCACGCAGCACUGCCCCCCCGUGCCCUUGCACACCGAGACCACCACCUCCCACCCUCAGACAAGGAUCCCCCCGCCCCCGAUUGCCCCCCUCAGAGACUCCUGGGCCUGAGCCCGGCCGCCCAAUGCGCUGCCCCCAAGGUCUGCACUAAGGUGUACACGGACAUGCACACACACACGCACACACACUCCCACGCACACAUGGAAGGCAAGGUUCACCAGCAUUUCCACUACCAGUGCUAAUCGCGGACCAGUGAGCGCAUACAGACAAACACACACGCACACACUUACAUACACACACACUCCACCCUCGUGGUCUUGUCCCUAAGCCACUGCUGCUACUCACACCCAUCAAUGGACUACAAGCAAGGGACGAUGAGCCACACAGAUGGAACCCCAAAGAUAUGAACUACAUCAUCCAUGGUGCAUUUGCUGAAUAACAGCACACUUCCUGCUGUACACUUCCUGCUUCCAGUCAGAUUUAGGAAAUGAAUUCCAAUUUACGUUCCAAUUAACGUAAAUUCCACGCCCUAACAUGGACUGGAGCUGACCCAGUACUGGAAUGUGCCACCACGUUAGCCUCCACGAAACAAAAUUGUACAUAAUUGAGUUAGCCUCUGUGUGUUCAAAACGUCAACUGUGACCAAUAAACCAAAGUGUACUCGUCAGAAUGUUUAAGUGUUAAGUGUAGCUAGCUUUUGACUGUUAGCUGCUACGCUAGCUGUGGUGUUGUCUGUAAGAGGAUGUUAGGGUGUGAGACUCCAAGAGUAGAGCACAACUCAUCAGGGAAAAUGGACGGAUAGACAAAUGGAUAAUAAUGUUAAAAAGGGCUUUUUUUAUUUUUGUAUUCAGCUAUUGUAUAAUAUUAACAAUGAUAUGUAUCCAACUGUGCCUGAGAACUACAGUAUUACCAUGUUACUCACUGUGUGUGUGUGUCAGAACUGCAGAAGUCUCUCUUGGCACUGGGUGUAAUAUUCUAAUUUCUUGUCAGGUAUAUUUUUAUAUAAAUCUAGAAAGGACGUGCA